AUGGAAGAAUUGGAAAGGUUAAAUCAGGAAGCUGGAGAAAAUGAAUGCUACAAGCUCUUGUUUUUAGCUAGACAUGGACAAGGCUUUCACAACGUAUGUGUGGAAAAAUACGGGAUGAGUGAAUGGCAUAGGAAGUGGCAUGCAAUGUCUACUGAUGGUGAAAUUGUGUGGGCGCCAGAUGCAGUGUUGACAGAAUUAGGUGUCAACCAAGCCAAAGAGAAUAAUCAAGCCUGGAAGGACCAAAUUGCGCAAGGAGCCCCGAUUCCAGCCAAAUUUUACGUCUCCCCGCUCCAGAGAUCAAGCUAUACCCUUGCCUAUACCUGGAAUGACAUCAAACCACAGGAAACCCGUCCCUUGGUCACCGAAUCUAUCCGUGAAACCAUAGGUAUCAACUUGUGCGAUAAGAGAUCCUCCAAGUCCAUAAUUCGUAAAAGAUUCGAAAAGUAUGGUUUCAUCAUAGAAGACCUGCUCACCGAAGAAGACGAAUUGUUCGAGCGUGAUACAAGAGAACAAUUGCACGAACAAGCCAUUCGUGUAAACGGUUUCUUGCAGGGCCUCUUCAAUGAAGACUGCGACCCAGAAACCAAGAUUACCAACAAGAAAUUGAAACUACAAAACUCUGUUAUCUCUACUACUUCACAUGCUGGAACUAUUAGAGCUUUUAUCAUGGUCUUGGGUCAUAGAAAUUUCACCAUCUCCACGGGUGGAAUGAUUCCAAUUGUGGUUAAGGGAACAAGAAAAAUAAACUAA